AUGAAAUUAGUUUGUCGUUUAAGACCAUAACCAAAUAAUACAUCCUCAAGCACUGUUAACUCCAAAAAGGAUGUUCGUACCAAUAUCUUUGCUGGUGUAUUAUCAAAUGAAUGUAUAUUUUGUACAAUGAUAAGCACCCCAGACUAUAGUUGUAAGUUCACGUAAUGCAAUUUCUUAGAAGAUAAUCUUUGAGUAUUUAAAAAAUGAUUCGGAUAUAAUGAGACAACGAUAAUCUAUUAUUGAGAAUUCUGAUCUUUUUUAAUUUGAUUAGGUUUUUGGAGAAAAGGCUAAUUAAUAAUUGGUAUAUGAUUAGGUGAUGGCAAGUAAAGUUAAUAAUUUGAUCACUGGAUAAUCAGGUUCUUUAUUAAUUGUUGGAGGACCUGAGAGUGGAAAAAAAUACACUAUAAAAGGUGAAGAAAGAGGAUAAGAAAAGGGUUUAGCUGUAUUGAUAGUUGAGAACAUACUAAAUUUAAUUGAAAGUUCAAAAUAGUUAAGAGGGAAGGGGAAAUUAAAUAUUUCAAUAUCUUUGGUAAAUAACAUAGAAGUGAUUGAUUUGGUAGGGUCAUCUAGAAAUUAAACUGUUAAAUUUUCAUAAAAUAAAAGUGGAAGUGAAUUUAAAAAAAUGCUUAAUUAAAGUUUAUUCUAAUAUAAGUAAUAUGUUAAAGAGCAUCCAGAAACAAAAAAUAAUCAUAUUUUUAUUAAAUAUUUAAUUGAAUAAGAUAAACAGGAAGUAGCUUAAUUACAUUUGAUUCUCUUUAAUGAAUUUAAAAGAGUAACAUAAGAGGCUAAAGAUUUUCAAGGAAAAUUAAAAUAAUUGCUUGCAUCUUAAUAGGAUUUUUAAGAGAAAGAGUUAGAGAGUAAAUCAUUACUAUAACUUUAUCUUUCAUUUAGAGAAACUAAAUUCAAUAAUAUCACUGUUUUAUUUUGUGUUUCUUAAGUAUAAUAAGAUCAUAUAACAGCUUAUAUGACCUUAUAAUUUGCUGAAGAUUUAAGAUAAACAAUAAAACCUUAAACAUAAAGAAUAGCUUUAUCUUAAUUGGAUAAUUAAUCAAUAAAAUCUAAAUCAUAGAUAGGAAGAGAAAAUUUAACAUAAUAAUUUGGAUCAAAAGGAUCGAUUGAGGAUUAAGCAUCUAGAAUUAUAAGACCAGGAGGAUCUGAUUAGAUUAUGAGAUUUGGAUCUGAUUAAAAUUUAAGACCAGGAUCAGAUUAAACAGUUUUACAUUAAUCUAAAAUCUAUAGUACAAUUGAUAGAUAACCAAGUAGAUAAGAGGCUAAUUUUUCGAAAUAAUUUUAAGAAUUGAAGGAUUUAUUGAAAGAAAAAGAAGUUAUGGAAGAUUAUAAGUAAUUUUAAAUGCAUAUAUUAUUUAUAGAGUCUAAAGAUUUGAAAAAGAUUUAAAGAAUUUAUAUGAAGAGAAUUCACGAAUGUAGAAUAAGGUUCUUUAAUAGGAAGAUUCUAUAAGAUAGAGAGAUCUUUUAAUAUAAUAAUUAGAAUAACAUAUGGAUGAUAAUAAAAAACAAAUGGAAAUGGAACACCAAUUAUUUACUUAAGCAAAAUAAAAAGAGAAUAUUUAUGAACAAAAUUAAGAAGAAUUAAAUGAAGCUGUUGCAUAAUUGAAUCAUUAAUUAAGAUAUUGUAAUGAAGAAUCGUAGUUAUAAAAAUAAAAAAUAAGAGUUUUGGAAAAUGAUAUUGAAAUGUUGAAAGAAUAAGAAUUUAAGAAUGCAAAACAUUAUGAAAAAAGAGAGGAUGAAUUUAUGGGUUUAAUUUAGUAGGAAUAGGAACGCAAUAAAUAAUUAUAUUAAGAAUUAGAUUAUUUUGCUAUAGAACUGAAGAAUAGAGAAUAAUAAUUGUCUGCCAGUGAGGAUAAUAUAAAAACAUUAAAUAAGGUGAUUGAAGAUUAAUCUAAAAGAAUUGAAGAGGAAAAGUAAAAAAAUAAGGAAUUAAGUGAGAGUGUCAACAAUCAUAAAUAAAAAUAAGAAGAGUCAUUUAGAGAUAUAAAUUAAAUUGAAUAGAGAUUCACUAGAUUAAAAGUUAAAUUAGAGACAGAAAAUCAAUAAUUAAAAUAGGAGAAGGAAAAAUAUUUAUAGAAAUACAAAGAGAAAUUAAAAAAAUAUAAAACUUAAAUGAAAUAAUUUGAAUAAGAGAAUGGUUAAAUGAAGAUGGAGAGAGUAAAAUUGUAAACAGAAAACGAUUAGUUAUACGGUAUCUCAAAACAAUUAGAAACAUAAUUAGGUAGAGUACAUAGUGAAACAACAGAGAGAAUAGGUGGUUCAUAUGAUUUAUAUGAAUAGGAGAAAAUAAGAUAAUAAAACAUUCAGCAAAGUAAUUAAUUAAAAUAAGCAGAAUAUGAAGUAAUUAUAAAUUAUAUUUUAGAUAAAAUAAUUAUCUUUUUAGCUAAAUAAUGCAAUAUAGUAGUUGGACCAAACUAAUAUUGAAUAUGAUCGAAUCUUACAAGAGAAUUAGAGAUUACAGAAAUAGUUAGAUGAUAAAUAAUCUGAAGCCAAAAAAAAUGAGUUUAUGAUAGAAAAGGUUGUUGAAUUAAGUGAUAAAUAAUUGGACGAUUUAGAAUCGAAGUUCAAUAAAUUAACAGCUUAAAUAAAUUCUCUUCAACAUGAGAAAAAAUCAUUAUAAUUAGAAAAUCAGAAUUUAAAGAGCUAAUUAGAAUAAAUGGAUGGAAAUGAUUUAGUUUUAGAGAAGAGAAUAGUGAAAUUGAGAAAAGAAAAUAAGGAUUUAAGUAAUUAAAUAAAAUAGUUAAAUUAAAAUAUGAAAGAGAUGAUUGUAGAGAAGCACUCAGAAAUGCGAAAUACAUCAUUUCGUUAGAGUAGAUAUAGUAAUAAACUGUUAAGUUAAAAUUAAUCUUAUAGAUCAUAGAAAUUAAUAGAUGAUGAAGAUGAUGAUGUUAUUUGA